GGCGCCUGGCCAGGGCAGAGAAGGGCAGUCGCCGCCGCGCAGUAGCAGGUAACCCAGAGGGCCGGGGGGGGGGGCAGCCUGACCCAUUCCCCCCGCUGGAGGAGGAGGAGGGAUCGCCUUGGGGGCCCCCAGCUGCUGGGGGUACAGGACCCCCCCCGUGGGAAAAGGCGCUCCCGUCUCAAAUUGGGGGGCCCAGCACUGAAGGAACGUAGGAGCCCCUUCCCCCCUAGUCCCGGGGUGCCCAGGACUAGUGAAUGAGUGGGGUGACCCUGCCCGCCUCCCCCCACCCCGGGGUGAAUGAUCAAGAAGCCAGGCAAUUAGGCGGCCAAAAAGGACCACCAGCAGAAAGUUAGGAACAAUCCACACACACACACACACCCCAAACAAAAAUUGGCUCCCCAUCCUCUGAAACGCUAGAAAGACUGGACCUGUCUGUAUUCCCCUGUGCCCAGAAGAAAAGGGACCCCCCCCCCCACACACACACUCUCAGCUGUACGAUUGCUCAGAUUUAGCCCAAUUAAAUUUAGCCAGUUCUUGGCAUUCCAACCUCUCCGCCUCUCUGGUGAGAGUGUGACUCCCACAUCUGUCUACGCGGAGGGCAAAACAUCGGAGCACAAGCGAGACCCAGGGGUCCCUCCUCACCACCACCACCCCCCCCUCCAGCUGCCCUCCAAUGCAUGGAGUAGCUCUCUGGCAUCGCUGAAUGGAACCUCCACAUUCAGAGGCAGUGUAUCUGUGAACAGCAGUUGCUGGGAGCUGGGCGGAAACGGGGGGCGGGGGAAGGCGUCGCCUCUAGGCCCUGCUUGCUGGGUGUUUGUAAGGAGCGCACUGAGAAUUAGGGGGACCAGCUUAUUCUCUUCCCCAAAUCCCAGCGACCAUCUCCGCUUGCAAUCUGUCGGGUAAGGUGUGAGUGUGUCCAGCGUGGUCUCAGUCCUGGCCAGCUCCUUCCCUCCUUGCCCAGGGAAUGCCUUUCUUAUUAUCUGUGCACUGGGCUUUGCCAUGUCCUGCUUCUGACUUCCGCGGAGGGCGUGCAGGGCAUACGCCCCCUUCCCCUGGGUGGCCGAAGGCCUGUCUGGAGCCCCCGAAGCCCGCCUCUGCCAGUCCGGGUGUGAGCCCCGUACCCUCUCGGGGGGGUGUCUUGCCCUUGGGUUUCCUUCGCCGCGGCCCCCCCAACGCCGACCCCCUCCUGCCCACAUGGCCGCCAAAUGGUUCAAGGAGUUUCCGUCCAACCUGAAGACGGUUUCCGAACGCACCCGGCCGGGCAGCAACAACCCGGGGAAGCUGUGCAGUGCCUCCCGCAAGGGCCCGUGUCCGCCCGAAGCGGGCACCGCGUCGCUGCCCGGGAAGGCCCGCAAGAAUUCCGCCACCGAGCUGGGCACCCCGCGGACGCUGCUGGCGCCCGGGAAAGAUGGCGGAGGAGGCCGGCUGUCACGGGACAACCUCCAAGGCCUGCUGCAGGCCGCCGCGGGGAAGAUGCGCAAGAACUCGCGGGUGGACGGCGCCCCCUCGGAGGAGCCGGCCCGGGGCACGGCCAAGGGCAACGCCGGCUGCGGGACCUACAUCAACCGGCUUAUCAAAGUGGAGGCCCACGAGAAAAACGGGAAGAACUACCCCGGGACGGCACCAGCGCCCCCUCCGGUUCCUGCCCCGGAGCCAGAGAAGCCUAAACAAGAGACAACGCUGAUCAUCCUAGAAGACUACGCCGACCCCUACGACGCCAAACGCACCAAGGAGCAGCGCGAUGCCGAACGGCCGGGGGAGAAUGACGGGUACAUGGAACCAUACGACGCGCAGCAGAUGAUUACGGAGAUCCGGAGACGGGGUUCCAAAGACCCCCUGAUCAAAGCCAUCUUGCUCCUGGAUGAGCCAGCCGAGAGUGGGGCUAAAGGAGAUCCUGCCGCCAAGCGGCCAGGGGCCAAAGCCCCCCAGCUGUACGACACCCCCUACGAGCCAGCAGAGACAGGGGCCAAGCUGGAAACCCGCCUCCCGGAAGACGACGAGCGGCCCCCGGCUGAGUACGAACAACCUUGGGAGUGGAAGAAGGAUCAGAUUGUGAAAGCGCUCUCAGUCCAGUUUGAGGGGUCAGAGAAGGCCACCGCGUCCAAGGAAGAGGCACCAACCCCUCCACGCCAACAGCAUCGCCGCCAGAGGAGCUGGCCCUCCAAGAUGGUGAAACCCACGCUGGCGACGGACCCUGUUGCAGACGGGGAGCGCAUGGACCCUACCCUCCCACUGGAAAAGCAACCUUGGUUCCACGGCGCCAUCACGCGAGCCGAGGCGGAGAACCGGCUGCAGCCGUGCCGGGAAGCGGGAUACCUGGUGCGGACCAGCGAGACGGGCACCAGCAAAUACUCCAUCGCCCUGAAGACCAGCCAAGGUUGCGUCCACAUCAUCGUGGCCCAGACAAAGGACCACAAAUUCACCCUGAACCAGACCAGCGGCCUCUUCAACAGCGUCCCCGAAGUCGUGCGUUACUACUCCACCGAGAAACUCCCCUUCAAAGGGGCAGAGCAUAUGACCCUCCGCUAUCCGGUUCCGCUACCCAGCAAGAUCCAUUAACCCCCGCACCAUCGGGACUGUGUCAGCUGGAGAAAUAUGGGUGGUGGGAUACCUUUGCACCCAUGUACCCCCCCCCGAUGACAGCCUCUGUCUUUGCCCUUUCCUUGCCCCUUGCGGCCUGCCCCCUUCCAUUCACACAUUCCCCACAGAACUAGCCCCUGCUCAGAGCCUCGAAUAUAAACUAGGGCCACCGUCUGCCCCAAAGUCUCACCCAACAUGAACUUGGAAGCAGAUUUCUGGGGUCUUCCCAAGCUUGAGCAUUUCCAAGGAGAGGCGUUUCUAGAAGACAAACCAGCUCCCAAGCAUUCCGUCACGCCUACAAAUUUGCUAUGCAAAUGAAGGGGCGGAGCUCCGAAGGAAUCUCGAGGGUUCCCAGUCAGUUCUAUGGCAGUCGGGACGUAGUGAACCGGCUGAAACCGGGGGCAAAGUCAGAGCAGGGCAUGAAACCUUCUCAUGUUAGAUAUUGGGGUCCACAGGGAAGGAGGAGGCUUAGGUUUUACCGUAGUCUUGCCCCCAAGUGCCCCCUUUCUCCCUUAUGGGCAAAUGGCUACCAUUCAUUCCUAUGGGGGGGACACAAACCCUUAUACUUCUGAGAGAAAAUUGGGUUCUGACAGUAUUCAGGAAAACCACUUUGGAUGUUGUGGUUGUUUAAAUAAGACUUUGAAGCUGGAGUGAGGGGGAAACACACCCAAAUGUUUAGGUUCCCUAGUCACUGCAGGGGGAACCAGCAUCAAAUCUGUGGGUGCCGGUUUCCCAUAGGGCUGCCGGAAUAUUUCAGAUAUACCCAGAUUUCAAGGUUCCCAACUAUCAUACUUGCUCAGGCCGUGGCAGGGGUCUCAGUUCUCGGGUGCUGCCGAGGCAAGAACACUGUCCAGUCAGCUGGAGCUGAGGACGGAGCUAACCUCUUAUGCCAGGGUGCUUUCCAGAUUAGACCCUGCAACGGGGUUGCGUCGGAUCUCGGAAGGGUGCUUCCACACUUCCUGUUUCGUGACACCGCAGUCCCUACACGGACAGCAGGGGGCCGUUCACAUUGCCAGUGCCUCGUUUCGAAUUUAAUCGCUGCGAUAUAGAGCUAAGACAUCGUAUAUCCGGCGUAAGGAAGUUGCUGGUUUUUCCCGGGGUUGUCCGUUUCCGCGAGACUGCUCCCCCUGCUGUUGACGUUUUGAAAGCGAUUUGCCCGAACGGAAGCAUGUUGCUCCUGUUGAGCGGCUAAUCUGGAAAGCACCCAGGUUGAGGGCUGAGUUUCAGAGAGAGGCAUCUGCAGCUCGUAGCGACGAAUGGCUGGGACUGAUGCGAGAGUUCCGAGGCUGAGGCUUUUUAUAGUCUCAGGUGAGCCGGGAUUGGCCCGUGAGGUCAGCUGGUGGGUAGUGCCACCUAGGGGGCGCUCUGGCACAGCAAUACCCGGGCGUGGAAGCGUGGAUUUGGGAGUCAGGCACAGGGCUUCCGGGGGCUAGGCGCCCUGGUUCAAGACCCACCCCAGCGCCCUGACACAUUUUUCUCACACCUACUUCUAGAACCGAUGCAGACGGCGCCACUUGGUUGCCACAGGGUGAAUUUCCGCUGUUAUUUGAGGAGUGAUUCUGAAGCCAGAGGUCUUCCAGCAAUACGAGGCAAAAGUGAGGGUUAGGGAAGAAGCGGAUGGGAAGAAGGUAACAGAAUAGUCAGGGCAGGGGGAGAAGACAAGUGUGGGCAGAGAAGCCAUAUAUGCACCCAUAACACCAGGAACAGGGGUACCGAAGCUUGCGUCCCCAACCGCUGGACUGCAACACCCAUCAUCUGCCACAAGGUCAUUGCAGCAGGGGACGGUGGGAGUUGUAGUCCAACGACAAAGGUCGUUGUGCGGCAGGAUGAUGCGAACUGCAGUCCCAACAACAUCUGGGGGCCCACAUUUGAGGAAGGGUCUGAAUGCAGAGUCACCCCUGCCGUCCAGAGUUUCCUCUUAAAUUCUCCUUUCCCUGUGAAUCGGUCCAAAGGUAUCUGCGCCACUCAUGGGCAUACGGGACGGAGAAAGGUGUACGGUCAGAGAAUACAGGGGAGAGAGUACAACAGUAAAGCCUCGCAGUAAAUUCGCAAUAAAGCCUUGCUGUGUGAAAAACGCCCCGUUGACAACAAGCGUGGAUGACAGCCAAGAUAAAGAUGCCAAUAAAAUGUCUCUUAAUCAGGUCAUUUGGGAAAAGACAGAACGUCUGAACUGCAGGGGCAGAGAACAGCGAAAGCUGGGGUGCUGCGUUUUCGAAUAUGUCCAUAGACAGAAUGUGAAAUAAAGUGUAGAAUUCAUCA